UGUACGUAGUACUUACACCUAUUCUUUUGUGAUUGAGAUUCAGCUUUGAAAUAGUUGCGUAUAAAGUUUCUUGUAAAUCAAGAAUCCCCCACGGUAUUUGAUGUAAUAGUAUAUUUUUAAUAAUCGGUGUUAAAAUAUAAUAAAGUUUUUGGUUAAAAAUUGUAUCAAGGAAUUGGAAUUCCCUACAUGUUAUCAGACCAUUAUUACAGAUGCCAUACAUUUUGGUACGUGGUAAUCUUGCAUCAUAUGGUCAUACAAUUCCAUGGAGGGUUUUAGUAUCGGGUCUUAAAGCAACAGAUAUAGCGCAACUGACUCGUUUUGCUUCUGGGGGAUACUGUGAUGACUUGACAAUAGUAUACUUGCAACAUCCUUGCGUAAUAUUAACUGCUUUAGAAGUUCUUGGUUAUAAAGUUGUUGCAUCCUCAAGUACCAGUAUUAAACAAGACUAUAAUGAAUACAUGUGGACUAUGAGAAAAGAUUUUGCUGAACCUGAACCUGUUAUUAAGGCAGUAAAAGACAACGACAACGACGAAAAGUGUAACAACCGUUUUAGUUCGAAAAUGUCGCAAUCAGGGAAUGCCGUAACCGGAAAAUUAGCCAAUACAAUGAAUGACGAGAAUUAUUAUUACGUUGGCGUAAAAGCCUCUCCUUUUGCGACUGAUUGUGUCGUCUUCGGUUUAAAUUCAGACGAAAUUUUAGCCCUCUCCAAGCGCUUUCCAAACUCUGGCACAGAUGUGGUUAACGGCGUUAUGAUCAAAGGUCCACCUUUUUGCAUCAUUAACGCCCUGGCAGAGUUAGGGUAUCGAGUUAUCUGUAGUACGGGAGAGGCCGAGAUACUCUGGACGCUGCAAAGGGAACUAUAAAAUUAACAAUUGUUCUCGGGAUUAAUAUUUGACAGUCAGAUGCGCAUUUUCAUAUUUAAAGUAUGCAAUUGCGAUUGUUCAUUUCGAACGAAGUAUUAAAUUAUUUUACGAUAUACCAAAAAUGCAUACAUAGAACACACGGAUAUAUAAUGAGUGUGUUCCUUUUCGUUACCAAGUUUCAAUCGAUACUUUCUAACUUCCUUUAGGGAUAUGUGCCUUUUAUUGGACGAAUUUAUAUAAAUAGAUGUACAAGAAUAAUUUUUACCAAUUUUUCGUAAAUUCGUAAAAACAUAAUUAACAAUAUACUGUAGUUAUUUUGUAUUGUUUUAUACUACUACUACAAUAAUCAUGUCCAUUUUUUGUGAUUUUAAUACUAAUUAAAAAAGAAUGUGUUAGAUUGUUUCCAAUUUAAAUAGCUAUUAAUAACAAAAAUUGGGUCAAUGAUAGACUGUGCGGGUACAAUUUACAAAAUUUUCUACAUAUUCUCAGAUUAAAAUAUUUUGUUACAGCUGUUAAUUUAUCCGAUAUGUAAAAUUGCCUGAAAAGCAAUUAUUGACCGGGUAUAGGUAUAGAUAUGCGCGUAAAAUUAUAAAAUGUUACAUACACAACAAAAAUAAUAAUUUUCAGCUUUGUUCAAUUUUUUUUUCAUUUAUGCAGAAUCAAGGUUUGCAAACAUUUUGUGCAAUAUAUUAAUCUGUAUGUCUUCUGCUGAAAUAAUUUUAAAGUAUUUUAUAUGCAGAUGUUUUUUGUGAUCAAAUUGUAUUCUUUCCUAUUAUUCGUUUUCAAGUAUGUAUAUGUUAUAUUAUUAUAUUGAUAUAAAAUAUGCGGAAUCAAAAGCUACUGUUAACCUUAUGCAAUAUGAUGAAAGAAUUUGUAUUGUGAAUAGCAUUUAUUAAAUUAAUGUAUAGAACAAUAAGGCAGUAUUUGUUAACGCAAUAUUACGCUUGUCGAUGUGAAACAAACUGUAGUGAUUAAUUAAAGUGUCUUUAUUAUAAAAUAACGAAAACAUAAUACUAUUACUUGCAAU